AAAAAAACACCAGGGGGCCUAGUCGAAUGCUGAAGCAGAAACAGAACGUACGUCAGACCGGCGCCAAGAUCAAGAUUGUGUAUGACCCGCGACAUCGUGGAGCGUCUACCUCACAGCAGAAUAGCUCCAUCGUUAGUAGCUGUGGUGUUGUUAUUCGAGACAAUUGUCCUUUUCAGUGGCAGUCUUGGGCAGAAAUUCCCGAGGACAAGAAGGAACUGGUGCGACACGAGUUGUCGUUCAUUUAUGAUCUUGAUGACGCAUCCCCCGAGGUCAUGGCCUACUUAGAGGAGACCUUAGCAAGCCGGUACAAAAAUUGGAAGCACAAUUUUCACAAUCAUUUUAAGAUAUGGGAUAAUCUGGAGAUUGCUCGCUUACAUGUUCCAAGCGAAUUGAAUGACCGGCCAGAGGAUUGGGAGUGGCUCUGCAAGCAUUUUACGGACCCAAACUUUGUGAAAUCUGUUGCUGGCCAGAUAGCUCGAGAGUCAAAGACACUUCUCCACCAUUCUGGUUCGAAGCCCUUUUCGUAUAGGCUUGAGGAACGACGUCAGGAGGGUUCUAAGUUCCCAGAGAUCGACAUGUUCAAGGACGUUUACGUUCGACCUGGUAAUGAAAUCGCUGGGCAGUUUUAUGAUACUAUGGUGGAAAAGAGCACUGCUGUUCUCCAAGAAGCAGCAUCGCAGCUUCCCCCGGAGACUUCGAUCGAGGAUGUCAUGGUACCAGAGGAUGUAGGUUUUCAAAUCAUGACUGAAGUCCUGGAUGAGAACCUUGGUCGUCGUCAUGGCCAGGUUGUUCGGGGUAUGGGGAAAUCACGGGUUCGUGAGACGGGUGCCUCUUCUUCCAGAUUGAACACAUCAUUGAUGGAUGAAGUGACAACCUUAAGGGGUAAGCUUGCGAUCCAGGAAGAGCAGAUGAGGGUCCAGGGCGAGCAGAUGAAGGAGCAGAUGAGGGCCCAGGGCGAGCAGAUGAAGGAGCAGAUGAGGGCCCAGGGCGAGCAGAUGGAAGCGCAGCUGAGGGUCCAGAGCGAGGAGGUGAGGACCUAUGCUGAAACGGUGAGAGACCUUGUACGAGCCAUACAGACGGCCGGCCUACAAGUCUCGCUACCAGCACCUCAUCUUGAUCCACCUUCGAUCUCAGAGCCACCUCACCCUCCCGAUACUCAGUAG